AUGGCAGUUAAAACAAAAGUUGCGGAAGAUUCUAAAUUAGAUUGUGAAAAACGAGUUGAACAUGAGGCAACCAUUAGAUCUCGGACAGAAAAAAAUACCUUUUUUGAUCCCAUGGCAGUGACGUGGAUGGAGAAGUAUGAUCAAAAAUUAGAACAAAUUUGGUCCACCUUCCCAACGUUCAUUCGAACAUCCAUUGCAACCUUUGCAAUUGUACUUCUUGCAGCUACAAUCAGAGGUGAAUGGCUCUUGGUGUUUGUGCACUUUGCGAGGCAUUUUGGAUACACUGCACAAAAUGACAGCAUAUCGAGCAACGCCACGUCAUCCUCGAUCAACUGGGCUGAGCUUUCCCUGGAGAGCUUUUAUCUUCAGAACCUCUCCUACAUCUGGUUGUUUGCCUCCAUCAUCUCGUAUUCCAUGUACUUUACUAUCGGCGGUUUUCUGCACUGGUACUUCUACGUUCAUCAACGUGAUAGAGCUGAAGAGUGGAAAUGUCAACCAAAAAAGUGGUUACCUCCAGAACUGGAAAGACACGAAAUCAUCGUAGGAAGUUUCAGUUUAUUAUUGACCAGCACGUUGUCAGCCUGUCUCGCUUGCUACAUUUAUAAUGGGGGACCUAGCAAAGUUUACUAUUCAUUCUUCGAUUAUGGCUGGUACUGGUGGUUUUUACAAUGGCCAGUUGUAUUUUUAUACAUGGAUUACCUUACGUAUUGGUUGCAUCGAAUAUAUCACACACCCUGGUUGUACAAAAAGUUCCACAAGCUGCAUCACAAGUACAAGCAACCGACAGCAUUCUCGGUUACCGCUAUUCAUCCCUUUGAAAUUCUACACAUUCAGAUGACCAUGCUUGUGCCGCUAUUCCUGAUUCCGCUACAUUGGGUUCCAUAUUGCGUGAUAGCAAUGUACAAUUACUAUCACGGAAUUAUUGAUCAUUCUGGAAUCAACUUCAAAGCCUACUGGUGGCAGCCCUGGCAACCUGAUGCCAUUUUCCACGAUAAUCACCAUCAAUAUUUCCACGUCAACUUCGGAUUUAAUUGCUUCAUAUGGGACAAGAUUCAUGGAACCUUCAGACAAAAGGACUGCAUUUACACAGAAGAAACGUUUUACGGAAAAGGAAAAAAAAUUACUGAAGCAACCGAGAAUGAAAUAUUGGCUGAUAUCGAGGAGCGUGAGGCGGAAAAUCCUCUGGCUUACCGAGAUAAUAAGCUAAUCUAUAGUUUAUCGAAAGCCGAUUUAGAAUUGAAAAAGAUGGAAUAA